UGUGUCAUACCUUGAAAAAAUAUAAUCUCUAAAUUAUAAUAAGCAGCUACUGAAAGUUCGAAACAAAUACUUUGGAAAAGUUACUAAACAGAACCCCAGCAACACUGCUAAACAAUAUGGCGUUGCAGGUACGAACGUUCGCUGGUUCCCUCAUACGGAUGGAAUAAAACUUCUAUGUGCAACAAAAUACAGUAAAUAAAAAUGGAAGGAGAUAUACAUGGGGUGCGAAUUGAACCCCGAGUAUUGAAUUUUUUUCACACGGUGCCUGGAAAGAUUUACACCUUGACAAUCAACGUGAAAAACGUGUCAGAAAAAGGCUGCAGCAUUCGGUAUUACGGACCUGAAAAUACGAAGAACUUUCACCUGAAGGUGAAAAACCCGGAGGAACCAGUAGCUCCAGGUCUUUGUGUGCCUGCAAGCGUCGAAUAUAAUGCAACUGAGGAAGCAGAAAUGACAGAUAGACUGGUGCUGACUAUUGAUGAUGAAAUUCUUGAAGUCCCAAUAUUUACGUAUCUAUCAUGCCCCCAUCUGGAGCUUCCAAGAGAUGUGGACUUUGGUACUGUAAUAGCUGACAGCAAAGUUAUUACCAAAGAGAUAUCACUAAUCAACUCUGGGGCAAAGGCAGGGGAAUUCAAGAUAACCUACAAUGGUCAGAAACAUAUUUCUUUCACUCCCUCUGUGGGAUCCAUACCACCAAACAGCAUGCAGAUUAUAAAGGUGGAGUUUGUUACCAAAAUACCUGGAAAGCUUGAGGAAACUCUAAUUGUAGAAAUGGAGGGUGUGGAACCAAAGGAACUGACUAUUCAUGGCAAUGUGUGCAACCCACUGAUAGAGAUCUUGUCACUGAAGGAUGAGCAGCCUAUAAAGUGCAUUUCUUUUGGCAAUACAUACUAUGGAACAGACUGCACAGAGUGCGCACUUCUAUUCAACAACAGUCCUGCUACACUUAGCUUUGUGGCAAUGAUUGAUGAAAGUGCACCAGGCCAGGAGAUGGGUAUUGACAUGACCUCGACAACAACAGGAGCUCUUGCAGAAGAAGAUGGUUACAAUAGUAGGCAUGGAAGUAUCAAUGCUCUCACCUCUCUGAUCACAACAAUUCCAAACCAGGGAGUCCUUCAGCCAUACCAGAAAAUACCCAUCUUCUUCCGCUUUAGCCCAAGAUGGAAUAAAGCACAGGUUGGCUGGAAAAGCAAGGUCAUACCCCCACCUCGAAAAGAUUUUGCUCUUUUUGUCCGCUUUGAGAUGUCGGGAUCUAGUAAAGGCUUCUCAGAGAUCACAGUGGUAAAGAAGAAAGGUCAUUUCAGCACCACUGGAAAGUUUGCAGAGGUUGCACUCACUGCUACAGCACUGCCAGUUCUUCUGGACAUCUCACCAUCUGACAGCUUGGACUUUGGCGAGUGUCCUGUUGGGGAAUCUGUAGACACUUUGUGCACCAUCCGCAAUGAGUCAUUUCUGUUGCCAGCUAUAUUCCAGUUCCGCCGCAUAGCCCAUUUCUCUGCAAGGCCCCUGAAUGGGAAAAUUUCUCCAGGACAGACUCAGGAUGUGGUCUUUUCUUUUGUACCAAAACAAGUUGGAACUUUCAAGCCCCUGAUGCUUUUGGAUGUGCUGGGACAGACAGCUGAUACCUACAAUCCAUCACUGACAAACUUAGAGGUUAUUUCUACUCUUUCCACUCGUGUGUCAGGCCACAGUAACCCUGUCACUGUUGUACCCAAGCCACGUUUUAAUCCAGGUCUCACUCCAUACAUCACAAAUGAGGUGGGCAUGUAUGUGGAGACCACCUUUGCCGAUGUGGACUCUAAAGUACCUCGCAAUGCUCUUGCUGGCUCCACACGUGUGCAUCUGCACCGUAUCUACCGUCCAAAGUCAUUAGACAUUGAGGAUAAAAAGGUCAAGGUGGCAUUCCCAAAUGAUAGACCACACAGUGUGCGGCCCAGUGAGAGAAAUCAGAUCUUCAGAACACCAUUUACUUACAUGGAUCGCUACAAUUAUGUGGACCCUGAUUACGCAUUGACUGACGACGAGAUCCUGACUCGACGUUCCCAUCGGUCAUAUUAUGUUGAACAUCUACAUUUAAUUCAAGACCUAAAAAAGGAAAGAAGAAGAAAAAGGGAGUACAAGCUAACAGCCAAUCAAACGGAUAUUGGCCUUCAGCCAGCUGCUGGUCUGCUCCCCAGGCCCUUGAAACUAAAGGAGAUAAAGUCAGCCUCACCAUCUCUGCCACCACCCAAUGAGGAAUGGAGAUUACUAAGUACUCAGGAGCUGGCUGUUGCUGAGAAAGAAGCCAUGUCCAAACCGGUGCAGGAAGGUCUUAAUGCUGUUCCUACUACAGACAAAGAAAAGGCUGACUGCAAGAAGUGGCUCAGUCCACAGAAUUUGCACCAGAUCGUAGUGGGUCCCCCAACAAUAGAGUUUGGAAAAGUAUGUAUGCGCUCAGUGUCACAGAAGGAGCUGAACAUCAUCAACAAUCUGCUGGACUACAUUCUUGUGGAGGCAACGAUUGAUAGCCGCGAGCUCCGUCAGAGCAGCCCACUGUCUCAAGUAGUUCCACCACGCUCAAGGGCAGUUAUCCCUAUCAUUUUUGAAUCCAACACCAAGGGCAACUUUCAGAGAUCGGUGACAUACACAAUCAAUGGAUUCCAUAAGAAUCAUGUAACUGUCAUGGCAGAGGUGGUAUGUGUGGGUCUGGAGCUGUCAACAGAGAACCUUGUCCUGAUGCCCACUCUGGGUCUUCCUGCAGAUGCAGGGUUCCGUGGUGUCAUAACUCUUCACAAUCGUCUAAACUACCCUGCAGAGUUUACCUGGUCACCAGACAUAGGUGAAAGGGGUACUGCUUUCUCCAUUCGACCUGCCACAGGUACGGUGAAUACUAAUAGCAGUCUUGACUGUGAAGUGGUCUGGCACCCAUCUUACUUGGCACCACAAGAUGGCUCCUUCAUGCUCAUUGUGCAUGGUGGAGAACCUCUCAAGCUUCAGUGCCUUGCAGAGAUGGGACCAACAUCAGUGUCUUUUGUGGAACAGCGGAUUGCAUUUGGAUCUGUGCCAGUGAAUCUCACAACAACCAAAUCUGCUUUUCUGCAAAACACAGGGGUUAACCAUGGCUACUUUCAGGUACUUGAUCCAAACCCUUUUCCUGGACUGACUGUGACACCGGUUCAUGGUGUCAUCCCAGUUGGUGGAGUCACAGAGCUCUUUGUCUCCCUCACACCAGACACUGUUUUGAAGUUUGAUGCACACAUACAGAUUGCCAUUAAGGGUAGUCGCACAGUGGAUCUGCGGAUGGGUGGUAUAGUGGAGUCUCCUUCAGUUGAUAUGAGUGUGAAUUCUUUCAACUUUGGUGGUGUUAUUGCGGCUGCAAAUCAUCCAUUUCUUUCAAGAUGUUCAACAAGAAGAAGACUUUCCAUCAGCCCAUCAGCUCUCAACCUGCUGUUGGCGACUCCCCGUAAACAGAUACUUGCCACAGCACUGCGACAGCCUCUGCAGAUUUCUGACAAUCACAUUAACUUUACCUUGUCAUCCUCCAUCAUGGACAAGACCUCUGGCUGUGGAGAGAUGAAGACCACGGUGCUCGUGAACAGCACAAAGGAGGUGCUGCAUUGGGGCUUGGAUCUGCGACAGGCCAACAAGACACUGAAGGAUGGCAUUAUCAAAUUUGUUCACCCCUCUGGUGUCCCUUUCAUCUCAGACGGUAACUCUAAUGGCAUUGAGGGAGAGCUGGAGCCCGGCAAAGUUAUGCCUAUCGCUGUUGUCUUCUCGCCAAAGAAGCCAGGUUUCUAUGAAUGUCAAGUACCAGUGGUCAUAAAGAACCGUUGGGAGGCGCCAUGUCAGACACUGACUAUAACUGGCUGUUUGGAAGAAUCGUAUAUUCAGUUUGAUCCUCCUGGAGUUUGUCUGACACCUGUUCCUCUUCUGACUGAGAUUUCCUGUGAAUUUAACAUCUUGGCAUUCAAGUACACACUACCAACCCAGAUAACAGCUGAGUGUCCUUUGAUAGAGUUUGAAGAUGGCGACACCUCGAGUCCUCUUAAAGUCACCUUCUUACAGGGUUGUGAAAUCCCUGCGCACAAAGAAGAAAAUGCUGCAGGUGACACAUGUUGCCUCCCAUGCAGAGUGGUUUUCUGUAGUUCUAAGCCUGUGUCCUUUACCAAGCCUAUUGUGUUCCAUGAUGGUCAAGGUCAUAGUUUCUCCAUGCCAGUCACGGCCACAGCAGACAAUUGCAUACUAACCUGCUACCCAUUCCUUGCACUUCAUCGAGUGGACCACCACAUUGUCCGUGAACAGGGCAAUGGGCAAGAAGACAACAACAACAAUGAUGCAACAUUCAAUAACAAUGUGGUCAUCGUCCCUGUUCAUUCGCCAAAUCGUUCAGCAAGUCGACCAUCAACAUCAGCCACUACCUCCACCUUUCAGAUAGCAUCUAGUUUUGAGCACUCUGCUAGUGUCACAGAAUCAACUCGGAGUACUCCAGGACCUCGAGAAGGAGCUAUGAACAAGCCUCCCACAGGAUCAGACUUCAACAACCGACAGCAGCGAGAAGGGCCUUCACGUCUCGGAUCAGCCAUGUUUCCAGAUGAAGAUUCUGAGGAGGGAAUCUUCCAUGUUGAGGUCUUGCUGGCAGUUCAGCGCUGGUUCUCUGCUCAUGGUUGGCCUGGAGGACCUUUUCCUAUUUCUGUUCCUGAAACUUUGAGAAAUAUUGGUUCCAAAGGCCAUGGAAGAGGCAGUGCGAUGCGUGGCAAUACAAAGGACACAAAGACUAUAUAUGACAUGAUCACACACCUAAGUGGCCAGAGUGUGCCAGGUAUACCCGUCAACCUCCCAUUGCCUGCAGACCCAGUGGGUCGUGUCAAACAGCUCUACUGGCAACAUUCGACACUGCUGACAUUCCUCAAGUGCCAGGGUGGGUGUGUGGCCUCCAUCCAGCCAGAGUACCUGCUGAGUGCUCAGGACUUUGCGGUCUGGAGGCAGCUGCAGCAGGAGGUGAAACAAGCCCUGGAGGAGAAUGGCCAGGAAGAGGAAGCCAAGAAAAUCCACAUCAGUGAUUACAUGGAGGAGGAUAUCUUUGAAGGCUGUGUCCAAACGAGCCUGGACACACUUGUCUUGGCCAGUGUGACACUGCGCAGCUACAAGAGCCUGACACUUUAUGAGAAUGGCAGAUCUUUGCCACUAGUAAACCCAGAUCCUCUUGCUAGCAACAUCUACAGUGUAAGCGAGCGUAUUCUCUUGGUAUGGCUCAACCAUUACUAUGAAACCUAUCGCCAUAAGAUAUGGAAGAACAGCAAGAGAGGGGAUGUACCUUCAUCCAGGUGGAUUGUAAACUACGAUUAUGAUCUGCUAGAUGGUUUGGUGCUUGGAGCACUUCUUGGGGCCUAUAUGCCAUUCGUGAUCGAGAGUCAUUUGGAGGGCAUGUACUCACAUCCAACAUCUGCUGAACAGUGUCUGCACAAUGCCAUUAAAGUUGUCAAUGCCAUGCGAUAUGCUGGCAUUGAUUAUGACGUACAGGCCAUUGACAUCACAGACCCAAACCCCAUCAUGAUGCUGCUACUGGUGGCAUACCUGUACCAGAUACUCCCUAGCUUCCUGCCCAAAACCAAUCUGGAGUUUAUUGGUCCUUUGCAUAGUACAGUCACUAGACAGGUGAAAAUAAGCAACCCCACUACUAAGCCCCUGACUUACCAAGUGCUGCUAGCAGGUCAGGAUGCAAAUGAUUUCCGUGUUCCAAAAGGCAACAUCAUUGUCCUCAGCGCCCGCCAGGUGAUUUCCCUGUCGGUGGAGUUCACCAGCAGGUUCCUGCGACCAGCAAAGGCUGUGCUGGUCCUAGUCAGCACCCACCAAAACUCAUCCACAAUCAGCGUGUUGACCUUUAACCUGUGUACUCAGAUUAACAGUAUCACUCCUAUGAAAGGUUCAGAGCUAACGAGACAGAUUACUAUGAAAGUGGAGUCACCCUGCUAUGAACUGCAACGUGUGAUGUUGAAUGUGAAAAGCCCAUUUAAAGUGGAUGGAGCAUUCCGUGUUGUGCUGAUAGAGUCAAGUGGAGAUCUGCUAGACUCAACCAUAUCAGCAUCUCAGCUAAGCGUGAAAGAAAAGAAGCUAAAGAAAAUUCGUUCAAAAAUUGACCAUGGACAGGCACAGAGUGAGAGACUUGAAACCUCAUUCUUUCCCAAGUUCACAAACACCCAAAAUCCUAAUUCCUUGAACAAUGAAGAUAAUUCCCAAAAGCUGUCUGCUUUCUUCACUGAUGUUGAGUCAGUGUAUUUGAAGCCAGAUUCCUCUGUGACUGUGGAAGUUAACUUUUUGCCAUUUUCUUUGGGUGAACACCAGUGCUCUGUUGUCUUCAUCAAUGAGACAGCUGGAGAGUUCUUGUACUUGAUUGAAGCAAAGGCCACACUGCCAUUGCCAUCUCCUCUUCCUUACAUGCCAUCACCAUGCUGCACACAAAUCAGCAGUACUGCUACAGGUGACGAUGUGGUGAGCUUUAAAUGCAAAAUAGGACAGGAACUGAAAGAGACGCUCUACAUCCCAGUCAACAAUAUUGCACGAGAACGUGCUCUCUCCCUGGCAGCCCAGCAGUGCAUGUCGGAUGUAGAGCUGCAGCGGCGGAAUUUGACAGGCACUCUCAGGAGCAGCAGUGUGACAUCCAAAGCCAUGAAGAUGCUGGCCACAAACCCACAGACUGUCAUUCAAAAGGCAAAGCAAAGCACUGUCUACACUGUGGAGUGUGACUCUGAGAAUUUCAAGUUUCCUGAAACAAUCACCAUGCCCUCCCCACUGGAGGCCCGCUCAUAUUGUCCACCCAGUAACCUGAAGGUACCAAAGGGAGUCAAGCUUUAUGAUGGUGUGGUUGAGCUGCCUGUAGAAUUCUAUGCCGAUGAAGCAGGAGUGUACCCUUGUCAGAUCACCUUGAAGUCAGACGAUGAUAUUCGCAUCUACUACAUUGAGUGCUCCAUCGUCCUAACGGGCACCACUGCUGAGUUGGUGUUUACCACUGCUGUCAUGCAGAGCACAUCACAGGAUAUUCCCAUUGUUAAUACGUCCAAUUAUGACUGGACGCUUGUGGCAGAGUUAACUGGAGAGUUUUUCUGUGGACCAAGUAUGCUGAUUGCCAAGGCUAAUCAGAAGACCUGUUACCCUCUAGUUUUUAGGCCAUUCAUGGAGAGAACAGUUCAGGGCAAGCUGGUACUCAAGAACAUCGACAAUGAUGCUGAAUUUGUUUUCUCUUUGACUGGCAAAGCAACAAAACCACUUCAAAUCGAUAACAUCAAGCUUAAAAUGGAGGCUAAAGAUGUAUUGAAUUACACGAUUAAAGUUCCCAACAAGACACAUAAGAAGCUUGUGUUCAAGGUGGAGUCAGAUCUGCCAUUCUUGACAGGCCCUAGAACGGUGACUGUGUUGCCCAGACAGACCAGUGACUAUGAAGUAACCAUUUAUCCCAGUCACCAUGGCCACUUUAUGGGCAUUCUUUCCUUCACUGCUGGUGAAGUUUCCUACAGAGAGAUUGACAGUGAUGGUGAGGAAGUUCCUGAAGAUGAUGUGCAAGAGUUCAAUGGCUAUCAAAUCUGGUUCGCCAUGGAUAUCACCGUCCACCUACCACCCCCAGAAAGCACGCUUCGAGUCUCUUGUCAUUGCCAUAAAAAGAUGUUGAUUGAGAUCAUUGUCCGGAAUCCUACACCUGAGAAAAUUGUGUUUACCUCAAAAAUUGAGGGAAGGGGCCUGACGGGACCCACAGGCAUAGAACUGGAUGCUGGAGAGAUGGAUGUUUUUGCUGUUACCUUUGCACCUAUUGUUCUUGGCAGGUGCAAGGGAAGCAUCACAUUCUUCAACCAGCUAGUUGGGGAGUUCUGGUACAAGUUGGAUCUGGAGGGUCUUCCACCAGCACCAACCACUCUCCCUCCCAUGGAAUGUGAACUGGGCAGAUGGUCAGAGCAGACAAUUGUGCUGCAAAAUCCGACAGAUGAGACAUUGGAACUAGUUCCAACUGUGUCCAACUCAAACAACUUUACACUGCAGCGUGAGAGUGACCGGCCACUCAUUCUAAAGCCUCGUGCUAGCAUUGAGGUGAUGCUUCACUUCAUGCCUUCAGGCCUUGGCCAAGGUGACCACUCCACGAAGAUCAGUUUCCACAGCCACCAGCUGGGGGAGUGGAUCUUUUUGGCGAAUGGCACUGGACUUCCACCAAAGCCUCAGGAACCCAUGAUGGUGACCUCAAAGACUGGUACCAACUCCACCAUUAUCAUUCCCUUCCGUAAUCCCUUAAACACAGAUGUCAUGGCCAGGAUCAGUCUCAAAGAUUCCAACAUAGAAUCUGCUCCACCUUUGGGUCAAGAGAGUGAGGAGAACCCCUCAUCUCCGUUCUCGUUACUCUUGAAAAACAUUAAAGGCGGUGUCCAUGUAGGCCCCAAAUGCACACUGGAUAUUCCCAUUAGUUUUGCACCACUGGACCUGCAGAAGCACGACUGCUUGUGUAUUGUUUCAAUAAUUCCUGAGAAAGAUGUGUCAUCGGAGGAUAAUCAAAGCCUUUUUCUGUCCCCAAAACCUUAUGAAGACAAGAUGAAGGAGAUCCAGUGGAUUUAUCCUGUGCAUGGCAUUCCUGACAUCAAUGCCAAUGAGGAGUCCUGCAUUGCAACAAUGAAUUGCAAAGCUCGCAGCACCAUCAGAAAGAAAGUGGAAGUCUCUCUCGUGGGUGCUGUGCCCAGUGCUGCAUCGGAGUACAAGAUCCCAUCAUAUGAAAGGUCCCACAGCAAACACGGCUCACAUAGUAUAGUUGUUACGGAAACCUUGGAAACCGCUGAUGAAUUCUCAUACAAGCUUACAGGUAGCAGCAAUGAAAUUGAUGAUAUCCUGUUGGAGACGGUGAGAGUGUCACUGGUCAAACAACAGCGUGAUGAUUCAACAGGCCUUGUCACUCUUUUGUUUAGCAUCACUUUCAAGCCCUUCAAAUCAAUGAACUGUUUGGCCUACCUUCAUGUGACAGGUGCACUAGGAGGAAUGUGGAAAUUUCCCAUUCAUUUUGUAGCAUCUGAGCCACCUGUUGAUGAUGUCAUCUCAUUAGAAUGCACCGGAUCGGAAAAAGCUCAUCUGUUGCCUUCAAGAUGUACUCGCAAAAUGAAGUCUACCUUCAUGCACAGCAUAGUGUAUAAUGUCCUAAUCUUUCUUACCAAUCCCAUGCCAAUUUCCAGACAAGUGCAUACCUUGCAUCUUGACACUUUUUCCUGUUUAAGAGAACAUUUUUAUGAAAACAGUAUGCAUAACAUGCAGCUCAUGAAUUUAAAAUUUAUGCCUUUUCCCAGAUGUUCCACACCAUUCAAUGCAUACCUGAUUAAAGGUAGCCACAAAGAAUUCUGCAUCGAACCACAGAAUGGAGAACUUCUCCCCAAAAGCUUGGGAGGAACACUGCUAACUCUCACUUUUAAACCUGUCCAUUAUGGCAAGCCACAUCGAACCAAAUUAAUCGUAAAGACAAACGACAUGCAGUGGAGUUACAAUGUGCAAGGUUUGCUGCCUGAGUACAUGCCACCUUCAGGUCAUUCAUCGGUCCCCAUGGCCAGGCCUCAGCCAGAUCCACUACACCACAAGGAGCCAAUCAAUUAUAUCGUAAAAAAUAAGCAGCUUCUUAUCACUGGGGUUUCCUCCCCCAUCAAAGGGGCACCACUCAUGAAGAUAAAUCAAGUCAAGUGAUACAUCUACCACAUUUUUGCAGCUUCACUUUACCUCCUCGGCUGUGAAUCUGACUACAUUUUUGUGUUAAGUAGCUAUAUGUUUUACAGAUGAAUGACAUAUACCAAUCGUCGGGGAAAUCCAUAACUUUCAGCGGACACCCGUACAUUGUGAAACAUAAAUUAAAAGUUUAUUCAACCUGUAAUUCUAGUGUGCUAAUGAAACCACAUAUUUUCUAUGGAUUGUUGUGUUGUGUCAUCUAAAUGACUUGCAAUAAAACUAUGCCAAACCUUGUGAAAAAAAAAAAAAGGACGCUCAGUGAUAAGAAAAAGGUCUUUUACCCUGUGAAGUUUUUAAAAGAAAACUGAUUGAUCUUAAUGAAGUAUUCAGUGAAACAGUCUGCUCCAAGCAGUCUUCAUCACCAUUUUCUUAAUGCAAAAAAAUGAGUAUUAACUUCAUUUUUGAUACAAAAAGUUUACUCCUUGGAUUACAUUAUAUUUUUCAUGUACUUUCAUAAAAACAUUUUCACUGCUGUUUUCAUUUCUACUUUCCAUCCAUUUUGAUGGGUUUAUGUUCACAUAGCAGCAUUACUCCAAGACUUCCUUGAACAUGUCAAACUGCUAUAUGCUUAUGUGUAUCUGACCAUUGUAAGCAGGUUAAGAUGGGUGAUCCAGAUGAUCUUUCUCACGUCUGUGAUAUCUUGUAAAGUGAAAGCCAUUUAUUUGCGAUAUUAGUUCUAAUUCUUCUGAUAAAACUGAAGAGUAAUGGACACAAUUAAUUGUGUGGAAUAAACAGGUCUAGCCUUUAAAAAUGGAAAAACUGAUGAAUUUGGUUUUUACCUUUAAAGGAGGAGAGGGGAAGAUUUAUAUAAUAUAACAAAUGGAAUUAUGCACAAACAUUUAUGUUAAGAGCUUACGGUUAAAUUAAGUGGCUAUUUUCUCUGCUGCUUCCAGUCCUCCACAUGAAGGUCUACAGGUGACAAGGGCAUCACACACCUUGUAAACUCCAUUCCAGCAAAUAUUAUAGGACGAUUUUAACGACCUUAUUGACAACAUUUUAAAUACAGUUUUCAGUGUCACUACUUUACAAAUGUGUUACAGUAUAGUUUGGGGCAAGCUUUUAUGUGACUCUCUGAAAGAACAAAAACACUUUUGCCUACAUAAGAGUUACUUCUCUGAUUUGAUUUUUGAAGUUCAUUAAAAAUUUUAUGUCAUCUUC